AUGUUAGAUUGCAAUGCUUUAGAGGUUUUGGUUAUGGAAUGGUUCACCGCACAAGAGAACCCCCAAUUCAAAAUCAGUCCUGAAAAGGUUGCCCAGUAUAUUAGCGCAGCUUUGAUAUCGGUGAAUGCAGACCAAGUGAAGGAAAAGCUUUGCGAGGAAUUAAACGCAAGCUUGCUGCAUGCUCCUACAAGUAUCGUCGAAAAGCUUGGAUCCGAAGAUGUACAAGAUUCUCAAGUUGUCAUCGCUGUCAUAAAUCUCAUCGUGAACGGAAUUUUACCACCAGACGAGCUGUGCUCUCCAACUCUCGGCAUAUUUUUCGAGCUACACGAUUUAAAUAAUAGGUUAUUGGAAUCUGAUGAAGAGUCAGCUGAGCCUUUCCGGGUGAACUUUCGAAGACUUGCCGACAAUGUAGUCGAACCUCCUUUAAAAAUGGAGUAG